AUGGCUACCGGCACCGGCAAGAGUAUGCUGUUCAUGCUGCCCGCGUCCGUCUCGCCAGGCGGCGUCUCCGUGGUCGUGGCUCCGUUGAAUGCCUUGCGAGACGAUCUGCAAGAUCGCUGCGACCAGCUCGGCAUCCCCUGCGCGAAGUGGGAUGGAAGAAGACCGCCGUACUGGGCUCGUAUUGUGCUAGUGACGCCUAAGAGCGCAGUCACGAAGGCGUUCGGCAGGUUCAUUGACGAAAAGCGCAUGCUCCAUCAGCUAGAUCGUAUCGUGAUAGACGAGUGCCACGUGCUGCUGGAGUCGACACAGGACUGGCGGCCAGACCUCCUCAAGAUGGUGGAGAUGACGGAGAAGGGCACACAGGUUGUCUACCUGACUGCAACCUUGCCGCCCACGCUGCAGCCCGCCUUCUUGCACACCGCAGGGCUCGAUGCCCAGACCGUAACCAUAUGCCGCGAUGAACGCACCACGCAAACGAACAUUGCGUACCAGGUGCUAGAGUACACACGUGGCACGCUAGAAAAAGUACUUAUUGAGCUUGUGGCUGCGAAGAGGAGUAGGUACGGACCUAAGGCGCAGAUCAUCGUCUAUUGUCCAACUGUGGACGAGACGAAACGGCUUGCGAAGCUUCUGCAGUGCUCUGCAUACUACCGUCAGAUGGGCUCAGACGAGGAAAAGGCACGCAUGGUGCGAAGCUUCACCCUGGGCAUAGAGAAGCUUUGUACAGCCACGAACAUGCUAGGUCUUAGGCUCGACGCUGCAGGCGUCUGGGUGGUGAUCCACGUUGCCAUGUGUCCCCUGCUGCUCCAAUAUGUGCAAGAGAGCGGCCGGGCGGGACGAACGGGGCUCGACAGCGAGUCCAUUGUUAUGAGAGCGUGCUAUGUAACAAAAGAGGGGAGGGUAGAGAAGGCGCUCGGCUACAAGCUGGAGCGACCUGCAAAGGAGUUUAUGACAGUCGAAUCCUGUCAGCGAAUCGCGAUAGACAAGCACAUGGACGGCAGACAGAACAGGCAGCAAUGCGAGAUGGGAGAGUCGAAGUGUGAUCUAUGCGAGCGACACCCCGGUGGUACCAAGCGACAAGCCGUCGAAGAAGAGCAGGAAGAGCCAGAGGAGACGCAGGCCGACACUGCGGCGGUGGCAGCAGAGGAGCAGCGCAGAUGUAUAGAGCGAGCUAUAGUCGUUAAAGAGCAGAGGGUUAAGAUCCAGCAACAGCGAAGGACGGAACAAAAAGUAUAUGACCUGGAGCGGCUAGAGCAGCACUUCCAGCGCUGGAGCAAUGCGUGCGCCAUCUGCAUGGCCACUCAGGCUGACCCGGCGCGCCACGACUGGAAGGACUGUUCAAAGGCCAGCGGAGCGCAGAUGACAUUAAUGGAGUCUAAGGUGAAAUCUAUGCACUAA